AGGAACACACUCGUCCGUCGCCAAUGGACAAACCAUAAGUUAUAGAAGUGGAACCACCACUAAUAACAUGAACGAGUGGUGAUCGGAGAAACUGGGCGCCACAAAAACAUGCUCUGUUCAGGUCGAAUUUUGGCGGUUUAUCAACCUAAAAACCCCUUAAUUUCCUACCACAACUACUCUUCAUCUUCAUCUUCCAGAUUAAUUCGCAGAAACCUCCAACUCCCUCCGACAUGGCGCUGUUUCUCGUCGUCUAUGGCUUCCGAAUCCGAUCCUUCUCCCUUCCCUUCUGCUUUCCCUGAUUCCGGCGAAACUUCCGACAGAACCAGCUCCGCAUUUUGUAUUAUAGAAGGGCCUGAAACAGUUGAGGACUUUGCUAAAAUGGAAUCGCAAGAAAUUCAAGAUAAUAUUCUGAGCCGCCGAAAUAAAAUCUUCUUGCUUAUGGAAGAGGUUCGAAGGCUACGGAUACAACAGCGAAUCAAAAGAGCUGAGCUGGGAAUCUUAAAGGAGGAACAGGAAAAUGAACUACCAAGCUUUCCAUCUUUUAUCCCAUUUUUGCCUCCUCUGAGCUCGACGAACCUCAACCAAUAUUAUGCUACCUGUUUCUCUCUUAUUGCUGGAAUUAUGGUUUUUGGCGGUCUUCUAGCACCUGCAUUGGAGCUCAAAUUGGGAUUGGGGGGAACAUCAUAUGAAGAUUUCAUCCAGAGUAUGCAUUUGCCAAUGCAGUUGAGUGAGGUGGACCCAAUCGUAGCUUCUUUUUCAGGGGGAGCCGUUGGUGUGAUCUCAGCAUUAAUGGUGGUUGAAAUAAACAAUGUAAAACAACAAGAGCAUAAGAGAUGCAAAUACUGCCUUGGAACUGGUUACCUAGCGUGUGCUCGCUGUACAAACACUGGAUCUCUGGUUCUUAUUGAGCCUGUUGCUACGGUUAAUGUCAGUGACCAACCUCUUUCACCGCCAAAGACCGAGAGAUGUUCAAAUUGUUCGGGUUCUGGAAAGGUCAUGUGCCCUACUUGUCUGUGUACAGGGAUGGCAAUGGCAAGUGAGCAUGACCCAAGGAUUGAUCCCUUUGAUUAAAGGUAUUGUAUCAUAAAUUAAGUUGUCGAUCUGUUUGUAUCUAUAUAGCCGUUUUGUGUUGCAAAAAGUUGUACAUAUGUUAUCUUCUUGACGGUGCUUGCUCUAAGCCAUGUACAAGUCCUUAUUUAUCAAAAGUACAAAUGUAAUAGUGAUACCUUGAUUGUACGAAGUAUAAUGUAAGAGUAGCCACAUCACAUGUAAUGUAACACAUUGUACGGAUUAUUGUAUUAUCAAUUGUAUAAUUUUUAUACAAGAGUAUUGUAAGUCA